AACUGGCCAUUUGGGUGGUGUGCUAUCACUGCACUAGGCCGGUUUGACCCAGCACGAAGUGCACAACUCAUACUCUGGGAAUUAAAGCUAGUUAUUGAUUUCCCUCAUGCUGCUACUAUUCUCAUUCCUUCUGCUGUUAUUACCCACUCAAAUACCCCUGUUGCUGAAGGGGAUAUUUGA